UGUAUCGAUUGAAGUUUUUUUUGUUAUUGAUUUUUUACCUAGUAACCGUUUGUUUCCAAGUGGAUUGAAAAUCAAAACAAUUAGUAUUCUUGUUUCGAUAACAAUUAACAACAUCAUGACUUCUUAUGUUGAAUUUAAUAUCGGUGGUGAUCCAAGUUUAGUUAAUUGUGAAAUCGGCCGAUGUGUUUGGUCAAAUGUAAUUCCAGUUUUAGCUGUUUCAGUUUACAGCAAUGGUGGAACAGUUAAAUUGUUCAAUGAAAAUGGUGUUUCUAUUGAGACUCAUGUCGAUUCUGAUUUAUCUUCAUCGAUUCCAGUUAAAUCUCAGUCUCAUGUUUCUGAUUUUCGAUGGCAUCCAAAGUUACCUGUUGUUGCGAUUACCUGGGAAAACGGUGACCUCGGUUGUUUCCACGUUCACAAGUUCAGGUCAAAGUGGAUCUAUUCAACUAGUACUGAGGAGAUUUUGCUCAAUUCCAAGUGGAUUGUUCAUAUGAUUUGGAUCGAUCCUGGUGACAAAUUAGUAACAGUUAAUAGUUCUGGUCUGAUUGUUAUUUGGGAGUUCAAUUCGAUAACCAAUUUGCUGACUUCGACCUUCAGUCAUCAGAUGGUUGAUCGACCCACCGAUUUGGCCAUUGUUAGUUCAAAGACUCGUUCCUCUAGGAUAUUGAUUGCUUGUAGUUCGGGAAUGAUUCAUCAAUAUUUAGUAUCUUCGGGAACGAUUUCUGAUGUUGUCCAAUUGGAAAAUGGAAUUCAAAGGAUAAUCUAUUAUUCUCGUAAAAAUCGUAUUAUCCUUGUAACCGAUAAUCUAUUUCUUUGUCAAUAUUCAAUAUCAUCAACAUCUCAUGAUGAAUUUAUUGAAAUUUCCAAGGUAAAACUAAGUGGCCAUAUAAAGGGAACCAAUUCUGAUAUGGUUGCUAUUGCCAUGGUCGAUGAAUCAAUCGGUUUAAUUGCAAUUUGUACCUCAGGUGAAAGGGUAAUUCGCUUAUGGCAAUUAGAGACAGGUCAUAAUGCAGCUCUCAUGGUCAUCGAUUCAGCUGAUUCAAAUUGGGCUGGAUUAAGUUGCCUUGAUUGUAGUCAAUCAUUACUUGUCUCUGGAACCACUAAUGGCCUGGUAAUCAUUUGGAAAAGAGCCUCAGGCUUGGAUUUCAAUAAAGUUGGUCAAGUCUCUGUGAAAGGAAGUGUUAAAACACUUUCGAUUUCCAAAUCAAAUCAAUUGUGUUGUUCAACUAAUAACAAUCAAAUUUACUUGAUUGAGGAACAAUCAAUUAUUACCUGUUACAAUUCAGAUCUUGGAUUAGUUCAGACUGGAGCUAAAGCACUGAAACUUUUUUGGAUCAACGAAAAUAAAUGCUACGAGAUUAACCUUGAAAGUCCAAUUCGAUUAGCGGUGAUCAGUACCGAAGCAAAUUACUUAGCAAUCAAAUCAACUGGAGUAAAAGAUACUAUGAUUUACCGAAUCUCAUCUGAACCUGAUCUAAUUCGUGAAGCGGCCGUUCCAUUGGCCUCAAAUUGGAUUGUCCUUCAUCGUGAUACAAUUUGGUCUUUGAUUAGUACCAAUGACGAUAGUUUGUCUCUCCAUUGUUACAAAAUUUCUGAUCUCCCAACAGAGACUCCGUUCAUCUAUGACCUGGAUAUCAGUUUAUUCAGAGAGAAACCGUUUGUUCAUUCAUUUGAUCUUAAUUGUGAUUCUCUUCUCGUCCUCCUAAAUCUUGAUUCACUUUACGUUUAUUACGUUUAUCAAAUCGACGGAUCGAAAUGUAAUCUUAUCGGUGGACCUAAAAUCUUAGAGAUACCAGUGGAAAAUGAUGCCGAUGAAUUUACACUUGAUUUCGAAAAAUUUUCCCCCAAUCAAUUAUCUUCAUCUUCAUCGACAACCGGAUUAUCUUCCUCGAAAUCAUCUCAAGUUAUUCUGAAAGAAGUGAAAAUCAACAACAAAGGUGAUCUAUUUGUAUUUACCCUUCAUGGUAUCGAUAUUUGUAUUGUUCAAACUUCAACGAGUUUAAUUUCAAGGGUUACCUGCGAAUCAACUGAUUCUAGUAAAGUGAUCUGGUCAAUCAAUGAGAGUAGAUUAUUUUGUGUUCUCAAUUCCGGUAAAUUGAAUAUCUUCCUGUGUUCUGGAGACGAUGAGAUUAUCGUUAAACUGUAUUCGGCUAAACUUGUCGACCCUGGUUGUCGAUUGAUUGGUUUUAAGGUUCCCCAUGUAUUUCUCAUGGAUCCUCGGUCCAAUGGAAGUAUUGUCCAAGAGGUUCUCGAAGAGUUCGAAGAUUUAACCCUGGAGACAACUCGAAUCAUGGUCGACUUUUUAACGAAAACCAAUAUUGAUCUCAACAGUGUAAUUAAAAAAAUCGGUGAACGUGAAGGUAACAAUUCACGAAUUUGGUCAAAUUUGGCUCGUAUUGCAGUUAAAUGUCGUGAUAUUAAAACUGGAAUCUAUUGUAUGUCCAAGAUGAAAAAUGUUCGAGUUGUUCGAGAUGCUAAAGAGAAACAAUCGAGUCCACUUGAAGCUUUGGCUCUUCUAGCGAUGAACCUUGAGCUUUACCGAGAGGCUGAAGAUUUCCUCAAGGAAUUGGGAGAUGUCAAUGUCUUAGCUCAAUUCUAUCAACAGCGAAAUGAAUGGAAAAAAGCAAUUCAAAUUGUAGAUAAACUAAAUUACAAAACUGUUUGUUACAAUUAUGCUAAAAAUUUGGAACUCGAAGAGGGAAAUCUUGAUGAAGCAAUUAAGUAUUACGAACUAUCGGGAAAUCAUAUCUUCGAGGUACCAAGGAUGUUAUUUGAUAUCGAAGGUAAUUCUUUAUUGGAAAGUUAUUGUCUUGGUCGAAAUGGAUUAUCAUCUAGAUCAACAGUCACAUCUGAGCCAACAAUUAAAAGUAAUUGUAGUUCACAGGACAGGAUUCAAUUGUAUCGCUGGUGGGGUCAAUAUUGUGAAUCUCUUGGUGACACUAAUCAAGCUUUGGCCUCUUAUGAAAAGGCUGAUGAUUAUUAUAAUUUAGUCCGAUUGUUGUGUUACUCUGGUCAAACGGAAAAGGCUAAAUCAUUAAUGUCCAGUUUGAAUAAUUUGAAAACAAUUAAAGUUGAAACAGAGUCAAAUUCAAAUGGUACCAAUCAGAUGGAGCAACUUGACGAUAAUAUUGAGAUGAGGUCGAAAAAAGAAGCGGCUUUACUUCAUUUGGGUCGGCAUCUUGAGGCCACUUUACCAACUGAAUCGAUUGGAUAUUAUUUAUCAUGCGGAGCAAUUAAUCAUGCAAUUAGAGUUUGCAAGGCAAACAAUUUACUCAAUGAACUUGUUAAGAUAAUUGUUAACUAUGGUAAUCGGAAAGAUGCUCUCAGUUUUCUCGGACGAUUACCACCCAAUGUAAUUUCAUCAGCUGAUCGACACACAAAUGAACAUGAUGAUGAAACUCUUGAAACUAAUUUACUAAUUCAAUUGUAUCAUAAAGCUGAUUUAGUUGACGGAGCAAUUAGACUUUGUCUUGAAACGGGCCGAUGGAAUGAACUUCGAGAGUUAAUGACCAAAGUUCUGGAACAAUAUGAAACCUCAGUCUCUCGUAAAGAUCUUACAAUUAAUGACAAUCAAAAUGAAUCACAAUCAGUUGAUGGUGAAAAUGAGAUUUCAGAAGCUACAAUAACCGCUGCCCUUGAGGCUUUGAAAAACAAUUCCGACCUUAUUGAUAUUGUAAUUGAUUUGAUUCUGUUGACCAAAGGUGAUAAAUCAUUGAUUCAAGAUCUUAUCUUGGAGCAUAAUAUUGAAAUUAAUGAGAAAUUAAUUGAUAAAGUUGAUCGGAUUAUGGCAAAGGAAGGAGAUACUCGGUUAAUUGUCGUUCUAGCGGAAACGGCACUUCAACAAGGUCAAUAUUUUGUCGCUGCGAGACUGUACAAUUCAAUUGGAGAUCGAAUGAGUUCACUGAAAUCUUUAAUUCGAACCGGAUUAACUGAUAAGAUAAUUAAUUAUGCAAACAUUGCAAGAGAUAAAUCAGUUUACCGGAUCGCUGCCAAUUACUUACAAACAAUUAACUACUCAGAUGAUCAGUUAAUUGCUACUUUCUAUAAAAAAGCUGGAGCCAAACAAGAGCUACGACGAUUUAUGUCCAGAGAAGGUCAUUCUGUUGACGAAUCGACAAUCAGUUAAUCAUUGAUAAUUAACUUUCAAUUCGCUUUGAUAUUUGUUACAAUUUUUUCCCCGAUCA